CGCGCGGGGCGGAGUGGCCGGGCCGGGGCUGCGGCUAAGUUGGGGCUGGUGAUGCUGCGGCUGGGCCGGCUUGCCAGGCUUGGGCGGAGGCCGAGGGAUGGCGAACGUGCGGGUGGCCGUGAGGGUGCGGCCUCUCAGCAAGAGGGAGGUCAAAGAAGGAGGAAGAAUUAUUGUGGAAAUUGAUGGCAAAGUGGCAAAAAUCAGGAAUUUAAAGGUGGACAGUCGAUCAGAUGGCUUUGGCGACUCCCGGGAGAAGGUUGUGGCAUUCGGCUUUGAUUACUGCUACUGGUCCGUCAACCCAGAGGACCCCCACUAUGCAUCUCAGGAUGUGGUGUUCCAGGAUUUGGGGACUGAAGUACUGAAUGGAGCUGCCAAAGGCUAUAACAUCUGCCUUUUUGCCUAUGGACAGACAGGCUCUGGGAAGACAUACACCAUGCUGGGGACCCCAGCCUCUGUCGGGCUGACGCCGCGGAUAUGUGAGGGUCUCUUCGUCAGGGAGGAAGAAUGUGCCUCACCGCCUUCCUCCUGUAGGAUCAAAGUAAGUUUCCUGGAAAUCUAUAACGAACGUGUGAGGGAUCUGUUGAAGCCACCUGAUAAAAAAAAAUCCUAUACCCUGCGGGUCAGGGAGCACCCAGAGAUGGGGCCCUAUGUACAAGGUUUAUCUCAACAUGUAGUUACCAACUAUAAGCAAGUAAUUCAACUCUUGGAGGAGGGAAUAGCAAACAGAAUCACAGCAGCUACCCAUGUUCAUGAGGCCAGCAGCAGAUCCCAUGCCAUCUUCACUAUCCACUACACACAGGCGGUUCUGGAAAACAACCACCCCUCUGAAAUUGCUAGCAAGAUCAACCUCGUGGACUUAGCAGGCAGUGAAAGAGCAGACCCCAGCUACUGUAAGGAUCGGAUCACUGAAGGAGCCAAUAUCAACAAGUCUCUCGUGACUCUGGGAAUUGUCAUCUCUACCUUAGCCCAGAACUCUCAAGUCUUCAGCAGCUGCCAGAGCCUUAACAGUGUAAUUAGAAGUGGUGGUGACAGUGGGAUUUCUGGCUCUCCUGGGACCAGCAUUGAAGGGGGACCCUCUCGGAGGCAGUCCUAUAUUCCAUACCGGGACUCCGUGUUGACCUGGCUGCUGAAGGACAGCCUUGGAGGCAACUCCAGAACCAUCAUGGUUGCCACUGUGUCUCCUGCACACACUAGCUACAGUGAAACCAUGAGCACACUGAGAUAUGCAUCAAAUGCCAAGAACAUCAUCAACAAGCCACGGGUGAAUGAGGAUGCAAACAUAAAGUUGAUCAGAGAACUCAGGGAAGAGAUUAGAAGACUGAAAGCCGUGCUACUGAGCUUCGAACUGAGAAACUUCAGUUCAUUGCGUGACGAGAAGGAUGGCAGUCUGAAGGAGCUGGUUCUCCAGAACGAACUGAAGAUAGACCAGCUGACUAAAGACUGGACUCAGAAGUGGGAUGAGUGGAAGGCCCUCAUGGAGCAUUACAGAGUGGACAUCAACAGGAGGAGGGCUGGGGUUGUCAUCGAUUCCAGCCUGCCACACCUGAUGGCCUUGGAGGAGGAUGUGCUCAGCACAGGUGUCGUUCUCUACCACCUGAAGGAGGGGACAACAAAAAUAGGAAGGAUUGACUCAGAGCAGGAACAGGAUAUUGUCCUGCAGGGUCAAUGGAUCGAGAGAGACCACUGCACCAUCACCAGCGCCUGUGGGGUCGUCAUUCUGCGGCCUGCUCAGGGGGCCCGUUGCCUCGUCAAUGGCCGGGAAGUCACUGCCUCCUGCCGUCUGACCCAGGGAGCAGUCAUAACCCUGGGGAAAGCACAGACGUUCCGAUUCAGCCACCCAGCAGAGGCCGCUGUCCUUCGGCAGAGGAGGCAGGUCGGAGAGGCUGUUGGUGGUAGUGGCUCUUUGGAGUGGCUGAACUUGGAUGGAGAUGUCACUGCCUCCAGGCUGGGUCUCUGCUCUCUGCUUGGGAAGAAAAGGAAGGUGCCGGGGGAGCAGAGUGACGAGGAACAGCUACCCGGGGCUGGAGGGACACCUCAAAGGGCCGAUAUUCAGCAGCAGGAUCGCAGGCAGCGAAUCCUAGCACGACAGAUUAGAGCCAACCAGGACCUGGAAUUGGAGCAGGCACCUGUCAGCUGGCAGAUUAAAGAAGACCAGCAGUGGCUGAUCAAAGAAGAGACCUGGCUGGCCAGCUUGCAGCAGCAACAGCAAGACCAUACAGCAGAGAGAGAACUUGAGGCCUCUGUGCCCACUGAUUCUUGGCUUCAGACAUAUCCUGAGCCUCAACUGUCCCCACUGGUCAGAAGCCAGAGGCGGGCGGUGCCACUCCAGCUCCUGCAGAGGCGAACUCCUCGGGUGGCAGACAGGAACGUAAGGCGAAAAAAGGCCUCAUUCCAGCUAGAGAGAAGCAUCAAGAAGCGGAGGCUGCUGGAGGCCCAGAAGAGACUGGAGCAGCUCAAGGCAUUGUACUGGCUCCAAGAUGAUGGUUCCCCGGAGCCCCCACACCAGGUCCCCAGCCCUGAUGCCUUCCCAGGACGUCAAUGUCGAAGCGAGUCGACAAAUGGCAGCUUUUUGAGCCUCCGGGAGCUCUGCCUCCGGUGCUUGCCCCAACUGCGCAGUGUUUUCCUGAAUCGGGAUCCCUCUAGCACAUUACCUCCUAUACCAGACUCCACUGAUCAGACCUCAGAGAACACCCGGUCAGAAGAGUCUUUGUCCCAGGCUGCGUAUCCUCCAAGGACAGGGCGUUCCAGCGACAAUGUCCUCCGCUCCUUGGGGGAGGGGCAGCUGUGCACAGCCAGGGCGGCCUUGGCCAGGAGGGGAGGCUGGGCCCCAGGCACCUGCUUCAGCAUGAGCUCUACAUCUUCCAGCAUCCAGGAGAGGGAGAGAGGGCGUCAGCAGCCCCACUGGGUGGUGUCCCAGAGCUCAGCCUCUCAGAGACAACCAGCCAACAUGCUGAAGCCAAGGGAUGAGCCAGAGGCCCUCACGCCUUCCACCCAGGCCAGGAUGACUAAGAGACUGUCGGACUCAGGCCACGGACCAGCAGGGUGGCAAAGAGAAGGGGACCUGGAGACCCACCAGGCUGCUAACGGAGCCAGCUGCAGUUGCUCACAUCCCCAUGGACUCAAACAGGCAGCUGGGCAUGGAAAGGCAGCUGAAACUUUUUGGACAGAAUCCCAACCACCUUCUCCAAAUAGGACAUCAAAAAGGCAGCAGAGGAUGCUGGCAACUAGGGUCAGAGGCAUUACCAAGAAGUCCUCUCGUUUGCUCCGUGGCAGCCCUUCGAAGAGGCAGCACAGUGCAGGGAGCACAGACACCAUGGCCUCACUCACAGAUGCCGGCCCAGGGGAGGACCCCACAAGAGAAAAAGAAGGCGAUUUAUCGGACGCAGAUAGCAGUUACUCGGUGGAUUCUCUCUCCUGUGUCUGUGCCAAAGCCCCAAAGGAGCCAGUGAAGCCAGGGACCCUCCCAGGGAGGGAAUGGCACCCCCCAGAGUCGGAGAACACGGAAAGUGACAACAGCCAAAUAUCCGAGGACUCGCUGACCGAGAAGAGGAACCAAAGCCCUCAGGACAGCCCGGGGGACAGUUAUCUUAACAGCGACCCCAGGGCCAGCGCUGGAGCGUCUGUGAGGAGCUUCCCCACAUGCUCAGACAGGGGCCUGUUCGCCCAGGCUCUCAGGAGCUUGUCGCUGGAUAGCCUGAUUGACGCUGAGGAAGAACUUGGGGAAGAUCAGCAAGAAGAGCCUUUCUUCAGUUCAGCCGAUGAGAUGCCAACAGAGACGUUUUGGCGCCUGCAGACCUCCAGUCUGCCCGUUGUGAGCCAGGAGGCAGUGUGCAGGCUUGGUCCUGCCACCCAAAGAACAGGAGCCAGGCUGGAUGCCCUCCUGCCAAUGAGCAGUUCAUUUUACCUUGAUUCCCAGCCCCUGCCCCGCUGUGCACAGCCUGAGUCAGAGGUGGGGGCAAGCACCUCUGAGCAAGCCACCACUCUGCAAAGCAUGCCGCUUUCAAGAGGGAGCCCUCUGUUGUCCAUGGAUUCCUGGUUUUCCUGUGACUCCAAGAUCAAUCCGAACAGCCCCCUGGGAAUAGGGGAUUCUUUAUGUCCAAGUCCUGAUGUCCAGGAAUUUCAGCCCAGUGGUCGGGAGAGGCCUGGACUCCGGCCAAAGAUGGAAGAACUAAAGCCAUCGGGGAGAGAGGCAGUCCUGCCCUACACUCCCAGGCUGCCCACAGGUGGUGCAGAGCUGCCCUGCAGUGUCAGAGCCGUGUACACAAUUCCUGCUUCUGAUACAUCCAGGCUGUCCCUCUGGGGGUCAUACAGGCUUUUUCCGUCCGGAGUGGAUGGCACCUUUCAGGCCAGAGGUGUCUCUGACCCGGCCCAGCAGGGCAACGCUGAAACAUCCAACAACUCGAGUGUACCAAGCGUGCUGCCUGCCUCUGCCACCUCAUUUACUUACGUAGGCAGCGCCUGUGAGAGGGACUGGGCGGCCCUUCAGCAAAAGUACCUCCUUGAACUAUCUCAUCCUGUGUUGGAGGCCAUCGGAGAGCCCAGGCCAGCUUUCACCUCUCUCGAGGAAGACUCUGGUUCCCUGACCCAAGCUUCUAGCAGAGGAGGAGGUACUGUGUUGGUAGUUGGUUCUGGGCUAUCUAGCAGUUUGAAGUUCAACAACUUUCCUAUCCAUAUAUCCAAAAUUAGGCAUUUGAGGGCAGAGAAAGAACAGGACAGUUUGAGUGUCGAGUUAGAAGGCACUUCAGAUUUCUUUACAACCAGUGAGAAAGAGGUGAGUUACAGUGGAAAUUAUUCAGCGGACAUAGAAUCCUUGACUUCUGGAGCUACAAACGCACAGGUCUUUGCAGCAGAGAACAAGGUGGCAAAUUCCAUGACAGGAGCAUGUGACAUCAAACAGAGCAACUUGGAAGAGUCCUCUCCGAGCAGCAGCGGGGGGAAGCCGGGAUUGAUGACUUCCUCUGAAGAAUGUUUCUUCCUGAAGAACCCUUGUCACAGUAACGUCACUGUAGCCACCAAAGAAGAUCCUCAGCCCCAAAGCUGUGCUCCUCUCAGGAAGGACAGUGUAGGCCUGGCAGGGCAAUUAAUCCACAACAGCCACCUCCCCCCGCAGGAAGAGGAGACAGACUGCCAGGAGAGUGCCACGGAAGUGGUUGGAAGACACGCCAAUCUCCCCUCUGCCUUUCCUUCAGGUCCGGAGCUGUUCCUGCACUCUGCUCCUUGGAAUUCAUGCCCGUCUGCCCUGCAGCCACCUCCCUUAGAGACAUUCUACGUGACCAAAAGCCGGGACGCCCUGACGGAAACGGCCCUGGAGAUCCCGGCCUGCAGAGAAGCCAGAGUGCCCUCCCCGCCCCCCAGGGAGGCCUGGGGCUUUGGCCAGGACUACCAGGCCCUCCAGGAUGCUUAUUUAAAGAGUAACUCGCCCGCGUUCUUACACAAACAGGAUUCCAAGAUUGCCGCCUUUCAGCAGGUCACAGCCGAGAGGCCAGUUGCUCUGAACACAGCGGAGGUUAGUGGAGAAAUAGGGAAACGCGCUGGAAGCCAUAACUCAGUAUAUGUUUUUGUUGCUCAGAACAGACAUUUUCUUCCGUCUGCCAGCACAAAAGAAUGUGAGUAUGAAAAUCAACUUGGAAGUUUAAAUAAACACAGUCUUCCAGCACUCGAGGGAGAAAAGACCACGAUGCAGUCCAGUUGCACCGUGUCCUCCGGCAGCUCUGGGUUCGGGAAGCCCCUUUUUGUUUGUGAGUCUCAGGCAAGUGGGGAAGAAGGGCAGGAGCAGAACGCAGUCCUAAGACAGAGCCGGGCCUCUGAUAUCUGUAGACAGUCCCCUUUGGUGGCCAGGUCUGAUUUCACCUAUAAAACCAUCAGUUUAGGUUUUGACAAGGACAAGUCUAGAUCGGCAUAUCUUAGAGUAAGGAGCCCAGAGGUGAUAGCCCAGGAUGGGAGUCCAGCCCACAGGGCGGAAUGGAAGGAUGAAACUGGGCUUCCUGGAAAGUCUCUCCAUCCCAGAGACCGCUCAGAAGAGUCUAAGCGGCCAUGGACAGAAUCUGCACAAGAAAGGUUCCAGUCAGUUCUGUGCUCUCAGGAAAGAAACCUCACUGAAUGCAAGGGCCCUGGAAAGUUGCAAGAAGUGUUAAAUCACAAAGAAACACCUUCGGGAAAGAAACCGAGUAAAAGAGUUAAUAAUGCUGACGAAAUGGCGAGGCUAAUUAAGAGUGUCAUGCAGCUAGAAGAUAGCAUCUUGGAAAUCGAAUCCAAGCAGAAUAAGCAGCUCUAUGCUCCCCAUACAGUGGGCGUCAGUCAUGAGUUUGUGCUCCAGGACAAGGAGAUGGCUGACCGUAUCCUGAAGCCAGGCAGCUCUAGACGCCACUUGACCUUCAGGGACCAGCUGUCUUCUCCAGAAUACACAGAUGAUACUGAUUUUAGGGAUGGUGAUGCUGGAGAAAUGGAGACUAGCAGUACCCCUGGGGAAGAUCCCCGAGAUCAGAACGUCAUCCCGAGUCCCUUUAAGUCAAGAGACUGGGUACAAGAUAUUAAAUUUGUGAGAGAGCACAAUUCCACAGCUGUACUAGACAGACCUGCCAGGGACACCUGUGACUAUUUAGGAGUAUGUAUAACUCACAGUGAGUGCGCCCGCACUUUUGUUACUCCAAGGAGAAGGAAAGCUUUGGCCAGAGCUGUGCCGUUCCGGCCCAGGCCCGAGUGGCCCUCCGAGGAGGACAGUGAGGUGGUGCAUGCAUCAGCAAGCCCCAGAAGGCAGCCCCGUGGCUCGGAAAGUUUUGAGGAAUCAGAGACUAUGGAAGAUUUUCAGGAAGGCCACGUUCCCAAACACAUAAGUAGUUUUUACCCAGAGGAGCCAAAAAUCCAAGGCAGAGUUAAGGAAAUGACUAUGCAAAGAGGAGAGAGCCUACACGAGCAAUACAGAAUGGUCCCAUCGACUCGGAAGCUUCUUAGUCCAAGCCAACGUUGUAUGGGCACGUUUUUCAGCCAGGAGACAGGCCCCUCGCCGAGUCAGCCAGACUCCUCUAAGGCUCCCCAUCGAGACCUGAGUAACACCUUGCCCUUGAGUUCUCCAAGACUGCCAAGAAGCCAUCUUCAUGCACCUGAUGAUAUAGGCCUCUCUUCAGUUGACUAUGUGCUGGAUCCUACAGUGUUGAAAAUGCCCACCAGUCUCUGGGUAACUGAAGCAGGGUGUCAGGGCCAGAGUGGAGAGCCCAGAAGCCACAGCCCUCAGGGAGAUGUGCGAGAGGCGUCCUCCAGGACACACGCUGCUUGCUGUGGGUCUGCAGUCUUCAUGGCCUUAGGAUCUUGGGGUCAAUCUGGUGCACCAGAGACCAUUCCCCUGGGGGCUGAGAUCAGCAGGAGAUCAGCCAGCACCAGCCCCCAAGCCCUGGGAGGGGACCCCAGAAGCACCUCAGUGGGCUUGAAUACCAGAGUGGGUUCUCCUUCUGAAGCCAAGGUGGCUGUACAGAAAGCAGAAAGAGCCAGCACGCUUAAAAAGAGGGCCAACUGUCCCUUAGCAGAGAGUAACAACCAGGGCCGAGAGGUGAGGCAGAAGGCAGAGAAGGAGGCCGAGGACCUUGGUCCUACCGGCGCUAGUUUCUCAGCAACUGUGUCCCUGGAGCCACACCCUGAGCCCCCUGCACACACGUCCACGGGCUUCGCUGUGCUGGAGGAGAUCAGAGAGACAAGGGCCCACGGAGAACAGUUUCAUGACUUGGUGACUGAGGGCACAGUCCUUCCUUACUACGAGACUGUGUUAGAGCCUGAAUGUUCUUCAGGGGCCCCUGAUAGGCCUCGGUGUCAGCACACGGGCCAGCCAGUGUCAGACAGGACUGGGAAUGAGGGUGGAGCACAGGGGUUUCGUGUGGCGUCUCCCUCUGCUGGACCAGGACAUCUGCGGCCUGAUAAGAGGAACGCGCUUAGGACCACACCCCUCUCUGCAGACAGCUUUCAGCCUCUGCCCAACAUUGACGUUAAAGGGCCAUGCCAGUCCUCACAGGUUUUCUCCCCUGCUGACCGUGCUCUAGGCAAAAGCCAUUAUUCUGGAAAACUGAGACUUUUCCUGAGAGCGGAUGAGCAGUUUAUAUGUUAUUCGGGCCCAUUUGAAAUCAUGGAGGAAAAGCAAGAAGCAAUUAGGAUUUCUGCUGGUCCGGUAGGCCCGGACAGUCUUCCUUCUUCAGCUCUAGAGGAAGCCAGGAGGGUAACAGCAGGGAAAGUAGACGCUGCCUUAUCUUCUCAGGAACCUUCCAAAAAUCCUGGAGUGAGUGAGCAUGGGCAGAGCCAGUCCGUUCCCUGGGAGAUGGCAGAGGGCAUGCCCCCUGGCAGUCAGGAGAGCAGCCAGGCACGCCCAGAACCCAGAACUGUACCCACCACCUGUGGGGGAGAGUCAGCUAACUUCACCGUGGCUGCACAGGGAGAAAAAACUACCUGUUUUGAAAGUCACCUUGCGAUCUGUAACGUUCAGGACUCUGCCAGUCUCUCAGGGCCUCCCCAAGACCAUGCCCAAGACCCCAAGGCUUCCAGUGGCUUAGAAGAAGGGAGGGCACGGCCCAAAAGGAGUAGUGUCCUGCCUGGAGCCCCGAGAAGAGCUGAGCCAGAAGUGCCCUCUCAGCAGUGUGUGAGGACGGGGGGUGUUGGCUCUGGGCUGGCAGAAGCCCGCAGCGCUGGCAGCAAACACCGUGAGCCGGCUCCACUGCCGGAUCGAAGACCUAGCCCAGACCCCGGCGGAGUGAGAGAGGAGGCCAUGCGCAGAUGUCACCAGGAAACUUCAGAUUGUGCUGUCCUCUCAGCAGGGAGCACUGAAGGCAGAGAGACUCUCAGCCCAUCUGGGGGGCAGGAAGGCAGCAGAACUCUUACUUGUCAACAACCAUGCAGCCCUCAAGCCACUGCUUCUUAUGCCUGCUCCUCCCCUUUCUCCACUUCACUGCUACACAGAGAUGGUGACCUGGGGAAGGCUGCCCCACAAACUCUCCACCCAACCUGCAAAGUAUGUUGCAGGGCCCACGGAAUGGAUGAGAGAGGAGAGAGCUAUUCCCGUGAGCCCGAGGUGUUCCUGACACCAGGCCCUGAGCCCAAAGGCCUCGGUGUGAAAUUUGGGCCACCAGGCAGCAGCACUCCGGAGCCCUCUGCCGCCACUUCUGCCUUCUCUCGGGGUCAAGGCUGCAGCUCCCCUUCUGCCCCUGACAUGCAGGCGGAUUCCCUCGGCCCCUCAGUGGCUGCAGAGGACCCCGAGGAAAAGGUUGCCGAGAAGGCAGCCCGUGCAGAGCUUGAGGCUGCCCCUUUUCCUAAAGGCGCGUGCUCCGAGCCACUGACGGAGUUUCGGGACAGCUCAGUAGGUGGCCAGAACGCACAGGAGUCUCAUACCAAGCCAGAGCUACCUGCACCAACCAGGAGACAACAUGCCCUGAAUGUAAGCGAAGGGUCUGUUGAGAGUGAGCUGCUGGUGGAUCCACAGCACGGGUGUUCAGAAAAUGUUGUCAGAUGCCUUCCAGAAACGCCACAAUUUCCCACCGAGUCCAGGGAUCACAGGAGCUUGGAUCCCCAAGCCAGAUUUGUAGCCAAGUUAAAGCACAUCCCCGGUGCCCAGGCUGGCAGUCUCUGGGAGGAGGACAAGCAGCAGAGAGAGCAGGCUUCGGGUGGCGGCAAAGCCCCUGCCCGGCGCAUGAAUCCCCCACAGGCCCAGGACGGUGACUUCGAUGGCUUCCAGGUGAGCGCUGCAGGCGGAGAGGAGGGGACUGCAGCCCAGGCUUCUGCGCCCAAGGCGCUCUCACCGGCCUUUACAGACUCAGCCAGUGACCCCGUGGUGCCUGUGGCCCAGAGCCGUGGCCGGCCCUCUUCUGGAAGGCAGCAGCCGGCUCCCCCCCACAGGCGCGCACUCCCUGUCAUUGCCGUUUUCUCUGGCCCCAGAGACUCCGGGUCCCCCCCCAGGCCGCAGUUCUCCGUGAUCAGCUCUACCCGGUCUCUUCAGCAGCUGAAUUUGAGUGUGGAACCUCCUUCCCCCACAGAUGAAGAGACACAGGGGCCUAACAAAUUGUGGAACCCCCAUCCUUGGGGCUGCUCCUUAGAAAAGUCAGCAGUGGGAACAUCUCUGGAAGCUGCGAGCUGCGAUCAGGAAGCCUCAUCUGACUGGAACAGUAGCUCUGCUGCUCACAGGCCCCUUCAGCCUGCCAGCCCUCCUUACCCAACGCCCUCAGCCGCCUGGUGCAUGCCGACCCCCAGUUUGACGGCCUGCUGGAUGCCGGGUACAGUGGAACCGGCCCGGCAGGGAAAGCCACAGAGCCCGGGCGGCCAGGCCAGGCCAGGGAGGCUUUCUGAGGCAGACAGAGGAGCGUCGCGCUUUGGCUCCCGUGACAUCAGUCCCCGCGUCCUGCCCGGCCCGCCAGCGAGUCCUGCACCCAUUGGCUGGAAGCAGCUGGGCAAUACGGCCGAUGUCUCCUGUGGCCACUCAGCCCAGGGCCUGGAACCAUCAAAAACGGCCCGGAGCUCCAGGGUGGACAGCCGCCCAGAGGACCAGAACGCCCCAUUCCACUCCCACCUCGGCACCUGUGCCAAUCCCCGAGGUUCGCGUGAGGCCUGGGAAGUGUGGGACUGUUCGCUCGCCUUGGGGAACCACCGCAUCCUGACGGGCCCUGGAGGAGCAGCGCCCGCUAAGCGUCCCGGUGAGAGAGCCCAGUUCCAGGCCCCCCCUGGUGAAGCAGGCCCUCUGAGGAGUGCGUCCCCCUGGACUGAAGGCCCAGUGAAUGAGGUGACGCUGCUGUGCCCAUCAGAGGCGGGCGGCCCUGGGGGACAGUCCAGGAUGAGCCCCUUGGAGCAGGGCGCACAGACCUUGGGCCGCAGGCUCCACUGGAGCCAUACGGACAUCCCCUCUGCCCAUCUGGAAGCCAGCGCAGCGCCGGUCUCUGAUCUGGCCUCCUGGGCCAGCAUGCACAACCUGUCUCUCCACCUCUCGCAGCUCCUACACAGCACCUCAGAGCUGCUGGGGAGUCUCUCGCAGCCAGGUGUUGCUGAAAAGCAGCAAAACUCCAAGAGGGAGACCCCAGGUGAGGCAUCCCAGACCCUCACGAUGGACGGCUGUACUCAGACCACCGAGAAUAAGAGCAUCCAGACUGAGCUGGCCUCCCCACCUCUGCACCUCCGGGCCCCAGAGGCCAGCCCUCAGGAGGUCAGCACGGUCCUUGAAGCGCUGGGCUCGGAUGUCUCCACCAUGUCUCAGGAAAAGGGACACGGCCCAGGGACAGUUCAGGAGAGAGAGGCGGAGGGACCGGCAUGGAACCCAGCACGGCCCCCGGCUCUUCGGGAAGAAAGCACUUAUUGCAGGCCCCUGAGCCCUGCAGCACCCUCCUCCCGCCUGAGGUUUCAGGAGGCCCCGCUUGGGCAGAGCCUCCCCUCUGGGAGCCCCCGGGCUUCUCCCGACGCUGCCCUGCCGCCCGGCGCCCAGCCCAGCGAGCCCUCCUGCCUGGCUGUCAGCAGCCCCAGCCUCAGCCUUCCCCGCUCCCCAGGACCCUGCCCCGGUGCGGCGGAGUAUGGCGGGGAGCCUCGGGCCCCGAAGGAGUUGUACCCCACAAGUGCCUUGCUGGUGGACAGGGCCUCUUCCCCGAUCCUCGCACUCAGUGCCAGCACUCAAGGGUCAGAGCUCCCCUUAGGCUCCCUGUCUCUCUCCAUCCACUCAGCUCACCCUCUUGAAGGCCACCAGGAGCUUGUCUCCAGCCCAGACCUUCCCCCGAACUCCCCCCAACCUCCAAUGGACAGUUAUUCCCCAGCCACUGGGGAGGCAGGCAGCUCCCCGAGAGAACGGGGCCUGUGUGAAGGCAGAAGCUCCUCAGAGAGGAACGAGGGCGGGCCCAUGCUCGAGGGGAGCUCCCCCAUCAGCCCGCCGCACAGCUCAAAACCCCACGUUCGUUUCCUGGAGCAGCCCCCACAGCAGCUCCAGCCCCAGGCCCCCGCCUGGGUCCAGAGCAGACUGCCGCCCCUGCCGCUGCGGACCAGAAGUCCGGGGCCGGCAGAGGACGUUGUCCCCGAGAACACGGCUCCCCUGGAGUGUGGCGCCCUCUGCGGCAGAGGGCCAAAUACAUGGCAGAGCGGGACCGAAAAUGGGGGUGAGAGCUCAGCCUCUGCAGGGGAGCCACAACCCGCAGUCAACGAUGCCUCUUCGGGGGGAGUCGGGCAGCACCUCGGCCCCUGCCCUGUGUCUGAGACGACUGACGAAACGAAGCUCCAGGGCUCUCCCUCUGGCCCAGCUGAGGCCUGCCUACCUCAGGGGCUGCUGCGCCCCAGUUCGCAGAUGUGCAUGUCUCCGGAGCCCCAGCAUCACAGCCUGAGGGACCUUCCAGUGCAUAACAAAUUCCGUCAUUGGUGUGGGGUUCAGGAUGGCUCUCGUGGGGAGCCGGGAGUGACCGGGUUGCUGGGACCCAGGCAUGUUGGCAGCGCUGGAGAGCAGGAACAGCCUCCCUCCCAGCCUCUGGGCGCCCAGAGCCAGGACCCGUGGUCCCAGAGGGAGCAGAUCCCCCUGUUCGGGGCCCAGAACCCCACACUCAGCACGGAGCUCACAGAAGCAAAACUGCACCGCGGCUUCGGGAAGUCGGAUGCCCUGCUCGAGGUGCUGCAGAGCGGGACGGGGGAGGCACUCACCGCCCGGGAGCCGGUGCUGUCCACCUGGGAGGAGCUGCAUGCCUGGCAAAAACAAACCAUCGAGUCCCUCCGGAGACAGCGGGCUGAGCGACUUCAGAACUUCCGCCGGACUCGAAGCCUCAGCCCCCAGAAACAGCUGAGCUCCCUGCCUAACGGGGGCCUCUCCGCCGGUGACCUUGACUUACCCAGCAGGCGCCGGGAAUACCUGCAGCAGCUGCGGAAGGAUGUUGUGGAGACAACCAGGAACCCGGGGUCAGCGCCAAGGUCUGCUCGGCCACCCUCUGACAUAGAGCUGAUGCUCAGAGAAUACCAGCGAGCUCGUGAGGAGGCCAAGAUGGAGAUCGCCCGGGCCCGGGACCGGCUGCGGGAGCAAGCCGAACAGGAGAAGCUGAGAAUCCGCCAGCAGAUCAUCUCCCAGCUGCUGAGGGAAGAGGAAAAACUACGUACCCUGGCUGCCUCCAGCUCCCUGUGCACCAGCUCCAGUGGAAGCCUGUCCUCUGGGGUCACCUCUGGCUACAACAGCAGCCCAGCCUUGGCAGGCCAGCUCCCAUCCCCAGGCAGUGUGGGGGAUACCAACUUGCCUGAUUCUGGAGACUCCUGGAUUGGGGACGUGCAGGGCCGUUCUGCAGUGAGGAACAGUCACCUGAAUCUGGCUGGAUCUGCCUGGAAGAACUGGGCCCACAGCCGCAGAGCCUCCCUGGGCAGCUGCUGCUGCUCCUCGUCCAGCGUGUCCAGCCUGGGGAGCGGCUUCUCCUCCUCCUACCAGGACUUGGCCAAGCACAUUGUGGACAUCUGUCUGGCUGACGUGAUGGCUGCUUGCUCAGCUGAUCUGCACAAUCUCUUCAAUGGCCAGGUAGCAGCCGGCUGGACCUCCCAGGGUGAGGAGCAGCAGGUGCAGCUCUACAACAAGGUGUUCACCUCUACCCGGCACGGCUUCCUGGGGGCCGGGGUGGUGUCCCAGCCGCUGUCUCAUGUGUGGGCAGCGGUGAGUGACCCCACCCUGUGGCCCCUGUACCACAAGCCCAUCCAGACAGCGAGGCUGCAUCAGCGAGUGACCAAAAACAUCCACCUCGUGUACGUGGUGUGCGACCCGGCCCUGUGUGCACUGAAACAGCCGCGGGACUUCUGCUGUGUCUGCGUGGAAGCCAAAGAGGUGCCUGCCUGGCUGGCGGGGCAUCUCUUUGUCAUGGCGGCUCAGUCUGUAUAUGACACAUCCAUGCCGAGACCCAGCAAAGAGAUGGUCCGAGGGGAGAUCCUGCCCAGUGCCUGGAUCCUGCAGCCCCUCACCGUGGAAGGCAAGGAGGUCACCAGAGUCAUCUACUUGGCCCAGAUAGAACUUGGCGCUCCAGGUUUCCCCCCUCAUCUCUUAAGCUCCUGCAUCAAACAGCAGCCACUGGUUAUAGCCAGACUGGCUUCCUUCCUUGGUAGCUAGCAUCUCACUGUCUAUGGUGCUGCUGAGACUCAGGCCCAGGACGCUCCGGAGCCACGGGGGCGGCGCUUGUUCCUCUCUGCACCCGAGGCAAGGAGAGCCGAGGCCACCUGGGAAGACGGCACUCAGCCCGGAGCUGCCGGGAAGCCCAGUCAGCACUGGUUGCAGCUGGCAGCUCUGCAGAGUGAGAGGCCUGAGCUCCUGACCCUGGCUGUCCAGAACAAGCGAAGCUCAAGUCGGAGUUUUCACCUUUCUUUCCUGUCUGAGACGCUAUGCAGACAAGCCGCUCAGGGACCGGGAUUGGACACGGGCAGCAGAGCUGGGAGACGGUGUGCUCUUGAUGGUGCUGUUCUGGUGUGGCCCGGCCCUCGGGCUGGUAGGGAGGCAGCUACCGGCUAAGACUCUGCUCGGAAAUCGGCCUCCAGCGUUCAGUUCCACUGUGAGACGGACUGUUACCAAAACAGAAAACGUAAAAAAACAGCUGCACAAACCAGAACAGUGAUUCAGAAUCAUUUCUCCUUGAAUUUUUAUCAAAUGCUUUAUUUUUACUCUCUCCCCUUCCCCCUUUUCCUCACAGGAGAGGACAUUGGGGUCUUUGCCUCAGUCAGAAGUGCUGAGCAAUGCGAUCUCAUGGAACCUGCACUCCAGAGCUCAGUAGAAUGAGACCAUUCACUGUAGAAACCACCUGGACAGAUUUGGGGUCAAGGUGGGGGCCUAUCUCUUUAAGAGAGUUAGGAAGUGAGCAGCCAGGUGCUAGCUGCUGACAAUGCAAAAGAAAUUUCAGAGAUGAAAACUGUCUUUUGAAGAUGGAAGAGAACACACAGGAACUCCUAGAGGAGGUGAGUGACUUGUUAGAAGGAAGCUCAGUUCCAUUUAAGGCCUCAGAGCCUGGGUCUGUCAGCAGUGGUCUUAUUAGCAAUUCAUGCUGUUGCUGCAGCCACACCUAUUCUAGGAUGAAUGAGAACAGGCUUUCUCUUGCCUUAGCCUGGCAGACUGAGGUUUUAAUUAUUCUGUGUGGUUACCUCGAAGUGGUAGGAGUGGGAGAUUCCCAGCUUUAGUUCUGGUGCCCAGCAGGUGACCAUCUAGGGAUCAAGAUGUGGUAAAAUUUCUGUCGAGUACAGCAGAGGUUUAUUUUUCUAAAAGUGUUUGCAGGAUUUUUGUCUUUUACCUCAAAUUAUUUAUGUAUUAUUGAAUGUUUUUUUCUUUAAACUUUUAUUUUUCUGGGUUUUGUUUUGAUGACACUCGAUAUAUUUUACACCCUAUUUAUGUACUCCCAUCUCUUUUCAUAUAAAUCUCUUACCAA